AUGUUUAUUCUUUGGGAUGCCAAGCCAUCAUCAAGAGUGCUUUUGGCUGAAUUACGUGAUACGACAUAUUAUUAUGCGGUGAAAUGUCUUAAAAAAGACGUCGUCCUUGAAGAUGAUGAUGUGGACUCGACACUAAUAGAGCGUAAAGUUCUGGCCUUGGGUACGAAGCAUCCGUAUUUGUGUCACCUGUUUUGUACAUUUCAAACUGAGAGUCACUUAUUUUUUGUGAUGGAAUAUUUAAAUGGCGGUGAUCUCAUGUUCCACAUACAAGAAAGUGGUCGUUUUUCGGAAGAACGUGCAAGAUUUUAUGGUGCCGAGAUUAUUUCAGGUCUAAAGUUCUUACACAAGAAAGGUAUCAUAUACAGAGAUCUCAAAUUAGACAAUGUGCUGUUAGACUACGAAGGUCAUGUACGUAUUGCAGACUUUGGUAUGUGUAAAUUGCAAAUAUAUCUGGACAAAACGGCGGACAGUUUUUGCGGUACACCAGAUUACAUGGCGCCUGAAAUCAUAAAGGGCGAAAAGUAUAAUCAAAACGUUGAUUGGUGGUCAUUCGGUGUACUUUUAUAUGAAAUGCUAAUUGGACAAUCUCCAUUUAGUGGUUGUGAUGAAGAUGAGCUCUUCUGGUCUAUUUGCAAUGAAAUUCCAUGGUUUCCUGUAUAUAUAUCAGCUGAGGCAACUAGUAUACUCAAAGGUCUUUUAGAAAAAGAUUACACAAAACGUGUUGGCUCACAAUAUAGUCCUGCUGGUGAUAUAAGUGAUCACAUUUUCUUCAGACCAAUUGAAUGGGAUCUCUUAGAAAAACGACAACUAGUACCUCCAUUUAAACCUCAAGUGAUUCCCGAUGCUGCAGAAGACUGA